AUGGGUCGUUCUCGCGGCAAUUUUCACUCUACUGAUGAAGACCCUACUCUGAGAUCAAGAAGGAAAAAGAAUUCUGCAAGUGGAGAUAAUUCAGAAUCUUCAACAACUGGCCAAGGAAGUGGUGAUGGGAAAAGGGCACUAUACCAUUGCAAUUAUUGCAAUAAAGACAUAACGGGGAAGACCCGUAUUAAAUGUGCCUGGUGCCCUGAUUUUGACUUAUGCUUAGAGUGCUUCUCUGUAGGAGCUGAGGUUACACCUCAUAAAAGCAAUCACCCUUACAGGGUUAUGGAUAAUCUAUCUUUCCCACUUAUUUGCACUGACUGGAAUGCAGAUGAAGAAAUACUGCUUCUAGAGGGAAUUGAAAUGUAUGGAAUGGGGAACUGGGCGGAAGUUGCUGAGCAUGUGGGAACAAAAAAUAAAGAAACAUGUAUUGAACACUAUAAUAGUGUAUACAUGCAAUCCCAGUUCUUCCCUCUCCCGGACAUGUCUCAUGUUGUUGGGAAAAAUAGAAAGGAGCUUCUUGCUAUGGCCAAGGGACUUAGUGAGGACAAAAAAGGUGCUGCUAUGCUUGGGGAGCUUACUUUGAAGGAAGAAUCUCCGUUUUCUCCUUCAAGAGUCAAAGUCGAAGAAAUGCAUAAAGGAGGUUCCUCUGGCAGAUUAUCUACUUUAAAUUCUGAGGUAGAAUCUGCAGGCCGUCCUAAUAGCACAAAUCCUGCAGCAGCAGCUGCUAAUAAGAAGGCAUCAAGCAUGGCCCGGGUUAAAGAUGGACCCAGUGUUGUUAAAGUGGAAGAUCCUCUGGUGGGCCGAAAUGCUACAGGGAAGAAACCAAAUUCCUCUGAGAGUGAGGGUCCAUCUUUGAUGGAGUUGAGUGGUUAUAACCACAAGAGGCAGGAGUUUGAUCCUGAAUAUGAUAAUGAUGCUGAGCAGUUGCUAGCUGAGAUGGAAUUUAAAGAUACUGACACCGAAGAAGAGCGGGAGCUGAAGUUGCGAGUGCUGCGUAUAUAUUCAAAGCGACUUGAUGAGAGAAAGCACAGAAAAGAUUUCAUACUAGAAAGAAAUCUGCUGGAACCAAGUCCUUUUGAAAGGGGCUUGACUCCAGAAGAGAGGGCAUUAUGUCGGCGUUAUGACCCUUUCAUGCGUUUUCAUUCCAAGGAAGAGCAUGAGGAAUUGCUUCAGGUUGUUAUCGAGGAGCACCGGACGCUAAAAAGGAUCGAAGAGCUGAAGGAAGCCCAAGCAGCUGGUUGCCGCACAUCAGCUGAGGCAGACAGGUACCUCGAGCAGAAGAGGAAAAAAGAAGCUGAGGAAAAUUCCAGGAGACUGAAAGACAGUGCUCAGGUUGGUCCUAGCAAUCAGGGUGCUCCCAAUGCAUUUAUGCCUUCAGAAUCUGCUGGCAAGGAUUCAAGUACGAGACCUGCAGGACCGGGCUCUUCUAGCUAUCCCAAUGAUUUGGACAUAACAGGAUUUCAUGAAACGCAGCUACUAUCUGAAACUGAAAAACGGCUUUGUUGCGAGACUCACCUCCCUCCUCCCGUCUACCUUAAGAUGCAGGAAGUUAUGACCAAAGAGAUCUUCAGCGGCAACAUCGCUAAGAAAUCAGAUGCUUACCCCUUGUUCAAGAUUGAAGCAAGCAAAGUCGAUAGGGUGUAUGAUAUGCUUGUGAAGAAGGGGAUUGCUCAACCUUGA